UCUGUAAAUAAGCAGUUAGAUUUAGAAAACUGCUCCAACAAAUAUCUUCUCAUGGGUCUUAGCCCUGCUGGGGGCUCAGCACCCCUAAAGGUCAGAUCCUAGAAUCGCCCCUGGGUACUGGUCCAUUUUAUCAAAGUAGAUGCAAUGAUGACUCAAACUUUUACAAAGCAAAACAACAAAAUAGAAAAAAAUUCAAACACUUUUUUAAGCAAGUUCUUUAUGUGUUAUAUAAUAAGUCCACCCAACAAAGCGUUAGUUCCAAAAAUAUAUAUUAAAAGCCAAUAAUUAUUGUGACAGUCAUGGUAAGUUUGAGUGCAACUUCUAAUCACACCUGCAAUGUUUUACAGUGUAAUGUUGAAUGACAUAUUGUUAUUUUCAGCUUUGCUUCAAACAACAUUGGAUUAAUAGGGAGGAAGUUGAGAGCUACUUCCUGUUUCUGACCUCACUCCCGUCUGGAUCUGAAAAAGAGACGGUGGAGAUCGCUUCAUGAUGCAGAACGUGAAUCAUGAAUGAAUGUCGAUAAAUUUGCUCUCUAAUGUGUUUCGGUUGAGCUUUUCAGGCUCGCAGAACAUCUGCUAUAACAUUAAUCCAGGUCUUGGAUUGUUCUGCUGCAGCAGCUGUGUCGGCUCUUACAUUAGUGCUGAGUGUAUACAUGUGGCUGUCUGCUGAAUGCUGCUGACUGUCACUUCCUGCAGCUCUAGUGUUUCUGUUUUUGCUCCUCCGCACCUCUCUCUCCCUGUGUGCAGACUUGCAGUGUAUAAAAGCCUCUCUGCUGAGGCUGCUGCUCUGCAGAGGAAAACUAAAGGAUCCAGAGGAACCAGAAAAGCGUUUGUCAUCUUCUAGCUGCCUUGAAAACCUAUAUUUACCCUGUAACCAUGGCUAGAAACCUGCUAAGGAAUCCCUGUGGAAAUGAGCAGCUGGAAUCCUGGGAGCUGACAGAAAACGGUGGGAACCAGUGGAAAGUGGAGGACAUGCCAGGAGACUGUGGUCAUGACUUCUGCACUGAAGAAGUGACCAAAUAUUUUGCGACUUCCUUUGAGCUUUGCCUAAAAAGGCAGGUGAUCGACCUGAUAGAGGAGGGUUACAGCCCAGAGCAGCUGGACACUCAGCCUCCUGUCACAGUGAAAGACUGGUUCUGUGGCAGGACCGACUGCGGCUGCACCUAUCAGAUGACAUCCUGUCUGCUGGAUGAGAAUAAAGAGGUUCUGCAGGAAUACAUUCAUGAUCCGGAGACUCUGGACCCCGAGGCAGACUCCUCAUGGAGACAGGUCACUCAUACGUUUUAUGACUACGGCCCUGGAAUGCGUUUCAUCUCAUUCGAACAUGGAGGAUGUGACACCAGUUACUGGGAAGGCUGGUUUGGAGUUCGGGUCACUGGGAGCUCUGUGACGCUUGACGUCUGAACCAGAGGAGAAACGAGAAGAGGAGAAUGGAAACAAGUAUAGCCAAGAAUAAAACAUUCAUUUAUUAAUCUUAGUGUAUUUUAAAUACUGUAGCAAUUGCAGUAUUUUCAAAGCAGCUGUUUGAAAUCUUUUGGUUCAAGAAACUAACGUUCACACAAAUAGGCACCUUCACUUUACUAACCUUUAUAUAUUCAACCCAAAGCUUGCUGGACUAACCUUAAAUUAGCCUCUAACUACUCUUUGCACUAAUCAGCAAUCCUUCAAAUAUUAAUCACAGUAAUAAAAUAAACUAUUGCAUGCAAUCCAGAA